AUGCGCGCGCGCGCUCAUUGGUCGCUCCCUCAGCGCCCCGCUCUCGUCCACUGGACGCACACAAACGCCGCCACCCCGAGGCUCCGCCUCCUCCUUCUGAUCCAAUGGGCGGCGGCUUUCCAUCCACGUUGGCGGCCACCCUUGAAAGGGGUGCUCCCAUUGGUCUGCUGGCAAUCGCUGCCCCGCCAGGCAGCGACGCUGCUUCGACCGCGUGACCCGCGGGUGGCUUUCCUAUUGGCUCAGCGGCUGUCACCUCCCCCUCCAAUCGGCGGCGCCGACUCAAGGGGGCGCCCGCUCUGUUUCAGAGCGAACUCCCAAUUGGCCAAGCGCAUGGCUACGUCAGUGCGGGCGGAAGUGACCCUAGGAUUAAAAAGAGAAAGAUACGUUUGUUCUUCCCCGGGGUCAAAUAUACCCACACUCGGAGCACCGUGCACAGUUCCCCAUCUCCGUAUCCCUCGGUCAGACACACACUCGGAGCACCGUGCACAGUUCCCCAUCUCCGUAUCCCUCGGUCAGACACACACUCGGAGCACCGUGCACAGUUCCCCAUCUCCGUAUCCCUCGGUCAGACCCACACUCGGAGCACCGCGCACAGUUCCCCAUCUCCGUAUCCCUCGGUCAGACACACACUCGGAGCACCGUGCUCAGUUCCCCGUCUCCGUAUCCCUCGGUCAGACCCACACUCGGAGCACCGUGCACAGUUCCCCGUCUCCGUAUCCCUCGGUCAGACCCACACUCGGAGCACCGUGCACAGUUCCCCGUCUCCGUAUCCCUCGGUCAGACCCACACUCGGAGCACCGUGCACAGUUCCCCGUCUCCGUAUCCCUCGGUCAGACCCACACUCGGAGCACCGUGCACAGUUCCCCGUCUCCGUAUCCCUCGGUCAGACCCACACUCGGUGCACAGUUCCCCGUCUCCGUAUCCCUCGGUCAGACCCACACUCGGAGCACCGUGCACAGUUCCCCAUCUCCACAUCCCUCGGUCAGACCCACACUCGGAGCACCGUGCACAGUUCCCCAUCUCCACAUCCCUCGGUCAGACCCACACUCGGAGCACCGUGCACAGUUCCCCAUCUCCACAUCCCUCGGUCAGACCCACACUCGGAGCACCGUGCACAGUUCCCCGUCUCCGUAUCCCUCGGUCAGACCCACACUCGGAGCACCGUGCACAGUUCCCCGUCUCCGUAUCCCUCAGUCAGACCCACACUCGGAGCACCGUGCACAGUUCCCCGUCUCCGUAUCCCUCAGUCAGACCCACACUCGGAGCACCGUGCACAGUUCCCAUCUCCGUAUCCCUCGGUCAGACCUACUCUCGGAGCACCGUGCACAGUUCCCCAUCUCCGUAUCCCUCGGUCAGACCCACACUCGGAGCACCGUGCACAGUUCCCAUCUCCGUAUCCCUCGGUCAGACCUACUCUCGGAGCACCGUGCACAGUUCCCCAUCUCCGUAUCCCUCGGUCAGACCCACACUCGGAGCACCGUGCACAGUUCCCCAUCUCCACAUCCCUCGGUCAGACCCACACUCGGAGCACCGUGCACAGUUCCCCAUCUCCGUAUCCCUCGGUCAGACCCACACUCGGAGCACCGUGCACAGUUCCCCAUCUCCGUAUCCCUCGGUCAGACCCACACUCGGAGCACCGUGCACAGUUCCCCAUUUCCGUAUCCCUCAGUCAGACCCACGCUCGGAGCACCGUGCACAGUUCCCCAUCUCCAAUCUUCCGAAGAGGGACUGGCUGCAACAAACUGGAUAAUCCCAUAA